UUUUUAAAGCACCCAAAUGAUAAAGAAAUUUACCCACCAUAAUUAAAACAUUUCCACUCGUCACCACUUCUUAUCAUCAACUCCUUAUAAAUAUUCUCUCCCCAAUCACUACCCUACAUAGUUAGACCUUUUUCACUCAAAAUACAAAACAACCACAAAACUCAAUCCCCCACCAUUCCCAAGCCAUGGACUGGUUUUCAUGGCUAUCAAAAACUGGCCUAGACCCUCCUCUCAUCUACGACUACGGCCUAGCUUUCGCAAGAAACGAGCUCCAAUACGAGGACAUAGCUUACUUCAACCAUGAGUUUCUUCAGAGCAUGGGAAUCACUGUCGCCAAACACAGGCUAGAGAUUCUCAAGGUGGCAAAGAAGGAAAAUGGAGGCAACCCCAGAUCGCUCUCAAGGCUUUUCUUGGCGUUAAGCAAGACCAAGAAGUCGUUUGGCAAGUACAUAAGCAAAUUCGUGUUUCAAGACGACAUGUCGUCUAAGGAUUUGCCUGACCAUCAUUAUAGAGAGCGGUCUCAGGAGCACUGGAGAGGAGCUCUGCUGAGGAAGCAGAGGAGUGGCGAUGAGAUGAGGGAUAAUGGGCCGGGCCUGAAGAACCGGGCCUUGGCUCUUUCUGGGCCUCUGGAUUCCAGGGUCCAUGAGAGGUUGAUCUCCAAUACCAAGAGUUUGAAGCUGUCUGGGCCUCUGGAUGGUAAGCUCCAUGAGAGGCUGAUGUAUCCAAAUAGAAGCCCAAAGUUAACUGGGUCUGGGCCUCUAAAUGGGAGGGGACCGCUGCCAGAGAGGUUGAUGAUUACUACCACAAGGAGCCCAAGAUUGUCUGGGCCUUUGGAUGGGAGGGUCCAUGAUAGGAUCUUUGUUACAACAACUAAAAGCCCAAAGAUGUCUGGGCCUUUGGAUGGGAGAGUUCUGAGCCCAAAGUUCUGCACUCCUUAUGAGAAGGAAAAAGCGGAUGUUGAUGAGUUUGAUGAUCAUUCACUUUGGACCACCUUGUUCCACGACAUGAAACCCACUUGAGAUUUUCUUGGUUUUCCAAUCAGAGGGGUGAGAGAAAAAAAAAUGUAUAACUUUUAUAUAUUUGUUUUUACUCAAUGUGAUGGAAAUAAUAUUACAGUGCCACUAGUAUUGACCUCUAUACUGCAUAUACAUGGGUCACUUGUUUUGGGCAUUGACACUAGUGUGGUUGGUUCGUCUCUUAAAGAUUUUUAGUAGUCGUUUUUUAAAUGGCCUCUUUUGGAGUGUGUCUAGAAGUUUUUGGAUAUUUAUUUCCCCAUUAUUUUGCAAUUUUCUUGGUUCUUUUUUAUGUGUUGUCUCCUGACUCUAUGAACUUAUUCAUUUACUUUUACUUAUUUAUUUUUUUAAUUCGGGGUGGAGUAAUUUGAACUCUAAAUCACGUGGAAUCCAAAUGUGAAUU